AUGGGUUUUAAAUCAUUAUAUGAAGAAAUUCCUCUUUGGUGGCGCGAUAAACCUAAAAGUACAGAUAAGAAACCAAGUAAAAGUAGAAAAUUAAAUUUAUCUAAUUCUAGGACUUUAAAGUUAUGGAUACCACCAAUACCCCCAAAAUCUUCUGAGAUAGAAGAUAAUAAAAUAAAUAGAAAUACAAAAAAUAUUAAAAUUAAUAAUGAAAGUACUGAAAAUAAAAUUUUACCUUUUUUUUCUCAUGUUAACACAAGUGAAGAGUAUACACAUUCAUUGUCAGAAAUAUCAUUAAGUACAUUAAACUGUUCUUCAAAAAAUACAAGCAGUAAUUCAAGUAAUUUCUUUGAAUCUUCUAGUUUAUCAUCAAGUUGCUGUACUAAUUGUCCAGAAUGUAGAAAAGUAAAUAGUUUAAAAAAGACAUCUUUUACUUCAGCAAUAUUCAAUAAGAUACUUUGUCAAUGUGAUCCAUUUCAUAAUAAUGAAUCAGCUUCUUCACUUAUAUCUAUUCCAUCAGGGCCAUAUUCUACUUCUAUACAUUCAUCAUCUAUAUCUAUGGAUACUUUGAGUGGAUUGGAAUCCUCUAGUACAUGUACUUCUAAGAAAGAUUCUCAUAUAUUGAAUUUUGUAAACAAGUUAAGUGGAUGGGAGGAAAUGAAACAUGAAGUGGGUAUUAAAGAUAUUUUAGAUAUUUCAGGAACUGAUGUCAUGCUAUCAUUUAAAGUAUAUUAUAUUAAAAUAGAUGGAAAUUUUAUAAGACAAUUUCAUAAAAUUGAAGAAUCAAUUUUAAGAAUUACAAUUAAAAUUAGGAAUGGUAUUUUAACUCGUCAAAAAAUACAGCAAUCUUCAAAUAUUAAGGUUAGAAUAGAUGAGAAUAAUAAUAUAAUAAAGUGGGGAUAUGAUUAUGGAGAAGAUAAUAAUCAUUCUAGUUAUAUUUCAAAAUGCACCAAUACUGAUAUAUUAUAUAAUAAAUUGGAAGGUAUUGAAAUUAAAAUACCAAUAGUGCAAAUAGAUGAUCCUGAAAAUUAUUUUGAAAUUAUUGUUGAAUGUAUUUUCUUAAAUAAUCAGAGAGUUUAUCCUUUAGGACAUGGUUAUUGUCCUUUACCCCAAAAAGAUUGUGUUUGGAAAGUAUGUAUUCCAUUAUUUAGAUGGGAAAGUGAUGAAUGUAUGAAUGAUAAAGAUUUUUUCAAUAAUAAAUCAUUAAUUGCUAAUAAAUAUAUUGGCAUGAUAUAUUAUAUUAUGUGUAGGAAUAAUAACAAUAGAACUACAAUAAUAGAGGAAAAUAAAACAAAUAAAAAUAUAGAUAUUAACAAAAAUAAUUCUAAUUCUAAAGAUAUUAUUUCUAAAAAUGAAUAUAAUAUAUUAGAUAAUCAUAAAAAUUCUGAUUCCAAAGUUGUAAAUAAUAUGAAUAAAUCUUCAGAAAACAAAAAUAAACUAAAAAAAACAGUAGUAAUUGGAGAAGUCCAGUAUGUAAUUUGUUCAAAUAAUAAAAGUGAUGAUAUUCAUUUAAAAGAAAAAGAAUUGGAACUUAAAAGAAGGGAAAUGGAUAUUGUAGAAAAGGAGAUGAAUAUUAAACUUAAUACUUUAAAGGAACAUAGAAAUGAUUAUAUUAUUAAUACUAAUGAAAUAAUUAAAGAUAAUAUUAAAAAAUCUAAAACUAACAUAAAUAAUCAAUGUUACAAAAAUGAUUCUGAUCUAAAUAAUUCUAGAAGUGAUAAUUCAAUUAAAAAUACUCAUACUAAAUUUAAAAAUAAAAAAUAUAAAUAUCUAAAAAAUUCUUCUAAUCCUUAUAUUUUACAUCCUUCAUAUAUAUCAACCUAUCAACCAUUCAUUCCUCAUAUAUACCCAAUUCAACCUUCAAAUCAUAUGUGCUACUAUCCUAUUUAUAAUCAAAAUACUAAUUUUUGUUCUCAUUUACAUCAAAAUCAAGAUGAUAUGAGUUCUUCAUGUUCUUCACCACAAUCUUCUCAUGAAACCUUUCCAAAUAAUAAAUAUAAAAAGGAUUUAUAUUUUAAGAUUGCAAAGGAUAUUACUAAGAAAAAAAUAAUAUUAGAUGAUACAAUCUCUUCUGUUAUUCAAAAUGACUUCCAAACUGAGAAAUCUAAAAUAAGUGAUAUAAAGAAACAAAAAGAUAUUAAUACUGGUAUAAAAAAUAUAAUUUAUAUGAAUAUUAGAAUUCCAAAAAAACAAAUUUAUUGUAAAUUUUCAAUGACAAAUUCUAAAUGUAUUUGUACUUGUUGUAAUAUCACAAUACAUAAGCAUGAAUUUCAAAAUUAUAUAUCUCAAACUAGUAUAAUUAAACAAGAAUAUGAAUAUUGGGGUUUAUGUAAUAAUUGUCAAUAUGAAAUUUUUCCAUCAAUUUUGUCUUUUAAUAAUUCAAAUAUAUAUUUCGAAUUUUUAUUUGAAUCCAAUAUCCCAAUAGCAUUUCCAUCUAAAUCAAUAAUAUGGAAAUCAGCUUUACAUUUAUUAUUAGCUCAAUAUAUUAAAGAUAUCACAUAUAUACAGAGUUGUAACUCAUAUCAACAGAUUAUUAAGCUAUAUAUUCAAGUAAAUCCUAUGAUUGAUGAGAAGAUGUUAGAUAAACAUAUCAAGAUUAUCCUAAUGCUUAAAAUAUUUCAACAUCCACUUCUACAAUCAUAUCUAUUAACAUUUGAUGAUAAAGACUUUGAUAAUUUAAGAAAUUUUUGGAUUGAAAAUGGGAUACUAAAUUUAAGAGUUAAUUUAAAAUAUGAAAUAGUUGACAGUCUUAUUGAUUGUCUAAUUAGUAUUAAAAAGUAUUUAUUCCAAAAAAGUUAA